CUCAGUGCUCCAUCUGUCCAUUGUUUUUACAGUCUAUGGUUUACCCAAAACGGUUUUUAUUUUCCAUUUAGGCUGUAAUAUUUUAAUUAUUUCCUGAAUUUAAAACGUUUUUUUUUCAGAUAUUUUAAACUAUACUGAGAUCUAGCUAAGCCGUUUUUACUUUUUUUUUUUUUUUUAAUAAAGUUUCCUCACAUGACCCGGAAGUAAACAGCGCGAGGCGCUAGCAGCGAUAGCUUGUUCUGAGAGGACGGCGGUGUUUUGUUUGGAAGUUCGUGAGGUUUUUGGACAGAAAGGACGAUACGUGGCUCGAAUUCUUACAAUCCUGUUUAGCAAAAGUGUCGUAAGUGAAUGAAUUCGUGUUGAACGUAAAGACAACGUGGCUGUGAUUGUGAGACUAGCAGAUGAUCGGAGCUGCUGCUGUUCAGAGGACUUUGGUGUUUGUUGGAGCUGAAGAUCUUCUGCAGCUGCAGGAACCAUGUCUUCAUUUGCUCAGAAAGAGUCUGUCAGAGAACAACUUUCUGCUGCUGAAGAAACCUUCAGACUCUGUGAAGGAACCAUCGUCCAGAAUGAGAAUGAGGAGCUCUGUGGUCAGCGCAGACUGCUGGAUAUCACCUGGAACCCGCAGCUUCAGCUCCACGUUGCAGUCCUCCCCCAGCAUUAUGCGAGUGAAGAGGACAAUCUUUACAACCAGCAGAAUAAUUUAAGAGUGGAACAGGAGGAAUCAGAACCUUUACAGAUUAAAGAAGAACAGGAGGAACCAGAACCUUUACAAAUUAAAGAGGAGCAGGAAGAACCAGAACCUCUACAGAUUAAAGAGGAGCAGGAGCAACCAGAACCUCUAGAGAUUAAUGAGGAACAGGAGGAACCAGAACCUCAAAAGAUUAAAGAGGAAAAGGAAGAACCAGAACUUCUACAGAUUGAGGAGAAACAAGAGGAGCCAAGACCUCUGCAGAUUAAAGAAGAGCAGGAGGAAGAAGAACCUUCACAGAUUAAAGUACAAAAACAGGAAGAACCAGAACUUCUACAGAUUAAAGAGGAACAAGAGGAAACAGAACCUCUACAGAUUAAAGAGCAACAAGAGGAUCCAGAACCUCUACAGAUUAAAAAAGAUCAGGAGCAACCAGAACCUCUACAGAUUAAUGAGGAACAGGAGGAACCAGAACCUCAAAAGAUUAUAGAGGAAAUGGAAGAACCAGAACUUUUACAGAUUGAGGAGAAACAAGAGGAGCCAAAACCUCUGCAGAUUGAAGAAGAGCAGGAGGAAGAAGAACCUUCACAGAUUAAAGAACAAAAACUGGAAGAACCACAACAGUUCAAAAAUCACAUAAGAACUCAUCCUGGUGAAAACUCUGUUUCUUGUAAAGAAUGUGAUAAAAGUUUUAGUCAUAAAUCUACUCUGAAAAGACACAUGAGAACUCACACAGGAGAGAAGCCUUUUUUGUGUGAAAAAUGUGGCAAAAGUUUUAAUCAUGAACCUCAUCUCAAAAGACACAUGCGAACUCAUACAGGGGAGAAGCCUUUUUUGUGCAAGGUAUGUGAUAAAAGUUUUAGUCAUAAAUCUACUCUCAAUAGACACAUGACAAUUCACACAGGAGAGAAGCCUUUUUCGUGUAACAAAUGUGAUAAAAGUUUUAGUCGUAUAUCUAAUCUCAGAAGACACACAAGAGCCCACACAGGAGAGAAGCCUUUUUUGUGUAAAAAAUGUGGCAAAAGUUUUAGUCAUAAACCUCUUCUCAAAAGACACACACAAACUCAUACAGGUGAGAAGCCUUUUUUGUGUAAAAUAUGUGACAAAAGUUUUACUCAAAUAUAUAAUCUCAAAACACACGUAAGAACUCACACAGGAGAAAAGCCUAUUUUGUGUAAGGAAUGUGGUAAGAGUUUUAGUUAUGAUUCUACUCUCAAAAGACACAUGACAAUUCACAUAGGAGAGAAGCCUUUUAUGUGUAAAACAUGUGACAAAAGUUUUAGUCAUGAACCUUAUUUCAAAAGACAUGUAAGAACUCAUACAGGAGAGAAGUCUUUUUUCUGCAAGGAAUGUAAUAAAAGUUUUAGUUAUAAAUGUACUCUCAAAAGACACAUGACAAUUCACACAGGAGUGAAGCCUUUUUUGUGUAAAAAAUGUGACAAAAGUUUUAGCCGUUUAUCUAAUCUCAAAAGACACGCAAGAACUCACACAGGAGAAAAGCCUAUUUUUGAGUAAAAAAAAUGUGAUAGAAGUUCUGGUCAAAUAUUUAAUCUUAAAAUACAUAUGAGAACUCAAAGUUGAAAAAAAUUCCAACAACAUUUAGAUAAAGAAUUAUUAAAAAAAAAACAUUUUUUAUAACUCAACUGGGCCAACAAUAAUCUGGCAAUUAACUACACACACUUUCCAAGACCUUACUGAGUGUUUAAAUCAGGGGUCACCAACCUUUUUGAAAGUGAGGGCUACUUUAUUGGUACCGAGUCAUACCAAGGGGUUAACAUUUUGAAAUAACAAAUUUAGACACUGAUUUCUCACUAUAAUUAUCAACAAUGACAACAAUGCAAGAAGCAAAUAACAAUUACAACAAUGCAAGAAGCAAAUAACAAUAUUCAGCACUUUAUUAAUCUCAGUAAUUGUUACAUUUUCAGACGCAGCUCACAAGUGAAUUGUGAUCAUUUUAGAAGAGAACUGAGGGCACCCUGUAGGACCCUUGAGGGCUACCUGGUGCCCGCGGGCACCACGAAGGUGACUCCGCUUUAAAUGGUCUCUCAGUCUCAGUCAGUACAAUAGAAAGAUUCUAAAACACUUUUACACAACUGUCUACACACAAUUCAAUUCAGUUUAAUUCAAUUCAAUUUUAUUUAUAUAGCCCAAAAUCACAAAGAAAAAUGCCUCAUUGGGCUUCAAAAUAUGAAUAAUAGUUAAAAACUAAGA